CGGAUUGGUUGAGAGGCGCGAUUCUUAACUGGAUUCGCCAAUCGCGACUCCCAAUUUCAGAGCGACGACCUUCUGCGGCUACGUUCGCUCGAUCGUUUGUGAAGUUAGGUUAAGUUAGCUCAGAGCGCUCAGAGUAUACAAGUUGAGUUUGACAAACGAUGGUAUCAGUUAAGUUCACUAGCAGGAAAGCAAGAUAACAUCUUUCGCCAAACAUGGAAAAAGUUCAGCAUUUGUGGAACAUUGUAAAGUUUCUGUCAGAUUAUUCUGGAACUAAAGUUACCCGGCUGCAAAGUUAUUACGUGCAGCUAUCGAGCGCGAUCGAAUUACCUAGCAAAAUAUUUGGCCCUGGAGAGAUGUGUUCCCAUUGCGGCGUGCUCUGGGCAAAAGUCGACCACAGAGUUAGAUUGCAGUCGGGCACGGUGUCUGGAAGGUCCGUUAAAAAGAUUAUCAGGAAGAGGGCCUUGGGUAAGGAGACGAAGAAACUGGGGAGGUAUAAGGACACGCUGUUGAAGAAAGCGCUGAAGAAUACUGGGAACAAGGCGGUCAUUAGGUGCUCGAUCUGCUCCAAAAACACUAAACUUAGCUUUGCCAAACCGGGAAUGCCAAAACCGACAGUGACCGUUGACAAAGGGAAAGGUAACGAUACCAAAGUCGGUAAGAAACGAAAAAAGAGGACUAAGGAUAAAAGUGCAGGUUUAAUUUUGGGAGGAGUUAACGCGUGUGAUAAAACCCCGAUCGCGGCCAAGGCUAAGGCUACUACUUUAAGAAAACUAGGAUCUAUGAUGUCGAAAAAUUUAACUCCAUGUAAGAAAAGCUCGUUGCAUGAUUUUAUCGUCGAACUGAGCUAGCUGUUGAUUAAUUAAUAAUUGUUAUUUCUUCCCGAAGAAUCAAUGUGUAUUGUAAAUAAUUAGUGUUGAUUGAGUUAAACAUUUAUAGACUGCGGUAAUAUUUUUAAAAAUACAUCAAAGAUGGGAGUGACACGAUA